UUAGCCUUCUAUUUUAUCACCUUGAAGAUGGAGCUGAAUACUUGAGAAAAGAUGUGGAUCAAGGCACUCAGAAAUCUUCAUCUGAAAUAUUGGCAGAGACAAACUAUAUAUUUUUUUACAUUUCGGAGUCAUACAAUGGAAGGAAACAUAGACACAAAUCAGACUGAGACACUCCUGAAGAGAAUACAAGAACUGGAGAGAGAGGUACAGAGGCUACAACAGGAACAGGCUGAUAAGAAGACAAACAUCAGAGGACAAAGUUCCACUGAAGUUGGGAAACCAAAGAAACGGCAUGAGCGUGCUUUUAACUUCAGUGCAUAUGGCCAAAGACAUGUAGCUUUAAGGAUAGCUUAUCUGGGUUGGGGAUAUCAGGGUUUUGCCAGUCAAGAAAACACAAACAACACCAUUGAAGAGAAACUGUUUGAGGCACUAACCAAGACUCGGCUAGUAGAAAGCAGACAGACAUCCAACUACCACCGAUGUGGGCGAACAGACAAAGGAGUUAGUGCCUUUGGACAGGUGAUUUCCCUUAAUCUUCGCUCCCAACUAAUAGGGAGCAAGAAGCCAGAAGAUCAAAGUUUGAAAGACAGUAUCAAUGACACUGUUGAAGAGAUUCGCUAUACCCAUAUUCUCAACAGGGUGCUUCCUCCAGACAUCCGGGUGCUGGCUUGGGCCCCUGUAGAACCCAGUUUUAGUGCCCGGUUCAGCUGCCUUGAACGGACUUAUCGCUAUUUUUUCCCUUGUGCUGAUCUAGAUAUUGAAGCCAUGAAUGAUGCUGCUCAAAAAUAUGUUGGUACUCAUGAUUUCCGGAACUUAUGUAAAAUGGAUGUGGCCAAUGGUGUGAUAAAUUUCCAAAGGACUAUCCUGUCUGCUAAUGUACAGCUAGUGGCCUUGCGGGAUCUAGAGGAGAAACUUCAACAGCAGGAACCAUUCCAGUUGUGUCAAUUUGAAGUGAUUGGGCAGGCUUUUCUUUACCAUCAGGUACGCUGUAUGAUGGCCAUUCUUUUUCUGAUUGGCCAGAGAAUGGAGAAACCAGAGAUCAUUGAUGAACUUCUGAACAUAGAGAAAAAUCCCCAAAAACCACAGUACAGCAUGGCAGUGGAAUUUCCUUUAGUUCUACAUGAUUGUAAAUUUGAGAACAUCAAAUGGAUCUAUGACCAGGAAGUUCAGGAAUUUAAUGUUACACAUCUGCAGCAACUGUGGGCUAAUUAUGCAGUUAAAACUCACAUGUUAUACAGCAUGCUUCAGGGACUUGAUACUGCUGCCAUAUCCCCUGGAUCAGGAUCAAAGAGAAAUGAAGUGGUCCAGUGGAAAGAUGUCAGACCUUCUGUGCAGAAGCAGAUCAGUGCCUUUGUAGAGGGAGUGAAAACACGAACCUAUAAGCCAUUAUUGGAUCGUCCUAGAUGUGAAGGCUUAGAGUCCCGGAUCCAGCACUUUGUUAGAAAGGGACGAAUUAAGCAACCACAAGAAUGCCAAGAGGAGGAAAGAAAAAUCAAAAGGGACCACAGUGAUACUGCAGAAGAAAACGCCUCAGAAAAACUAACCAAGAAGAUCUGUGUUACUAGGAAUUAAAAAUAGUACAUGGUCUUAACAAACACAAUGAAAAAUGAAGGGGCAAAUCAGUUUAAAGGCUAAUCAAAAUGAAUUUUUGUUGAAGAGCUAGCAUACACACUUUUUUUUUUUUUUUUUUUUAAAGGAAGAGUAUAGAGUAUGUUCUCAGAAUUUUAUCUGCUGGUUUUCCAUAAAGCUUUAGGUUAAAAACAAAAUGAAAAUCUUAUAUUUUUAAACUGAACUUACUUUGUUCCAAGUAUGAAGUUAGUGGUUGAUGAAAGCACAACUUGGACCAACAGGUAACAGGGAUGAGUCAGCAGUAUAAAUGGAAAUAUUUCCCACACCUAGAAACUUGUGCCUUUGUUUUCACAUUCAUUAAAGAAACAAUUUAAAGGAGGUAAAAUUAUUCUUAAAAGGUCAAUCCUACUGUUUAUAUGUUUCAUUAAUUAUCUGAGCAUUCAUUCCCCUGAGUGGAUUGAAAGCACAAAAAGUGAAAUAAGGUUAAAAAGAUGGAUUGGAACUGGAUUGUGGAAAUUCUUAAAUUUUGGGAGUGAAAGGCAGUAGGAAUCUACUAAAAGUUUGUAAGCAGCAUCAUGACAUGGGAAUUCUGUAGCUGUAAUUUUUACAAUUAUGUGGAAAAUGGUUUGGAAAGAAAGGUCUGAUGUGAAGAUGGAUUAGGAAGAUAAGGAUCUGACUUAGGUUGGGGUCUUUAUUAAAUAGAGAAAGAGGGUUGGACAAUGACGAUUUGGCAAUUGAUUGCAUAAAGGAAGGGGUUGUGGGAGAAAAAGAGAGGCAAAAUGGACAGAUUAUGAAUUUAGAUGACAGGAAGCUUAGAGGAGAUGAAAUUCAUAAGGAAUGGGUGGUAACUAAAAGAAAUGAGCAAAACAAUUUGGCCUGUUCUUUUAUAUUCUAGGCUCAACUUACUUACAAUGACUUUCAAAGACACACAGAUACAUAAAGAUGUACCUAUGUGUGAUGUCUUUUAUGUUAUUUGUAUGAGUGCAUUGCCUCAACAUUUUUUGUGUGUUUCAUUUUCCUGGGUGAAUGGUAAGGUGUAACUUUAAAGGUAACUUCACUGCAUCAGCGUUUUCCAUUUUAUUCAAAGCAUGGUGUGUCUGAGGCCCCAGAUUAUUUUCCCUCCUUUUGCAAGUUCAGAUCAAUCUUUUCCCCCUCAACUUGUGCCCUUGUACUAGGGAUUUCAUAGUGCAUGUUGAUGCUUCUUCAAACUCCUUAAAGAUGGUAAAUGAUAAGCUUCUUUUAUCAAAAUCUGACAUUCCUCUGUUUGUCUUAGCCCCCUGUACUAUUUGUCUCAUCAACUGUGACCUCUGAUCUCUUUACCCCUCGGCAUUUUCUUUACAGCCAUUAUCCCUACUCUGAAUUCUCUUUCAAAUCAUCUUGUAACUUACAUGCCUGAGUGAAUGAAUGCCACACAUUGCCAUCAAUCCUUAACAGUUCGCUCUUUUAGUAUUGCCAAUCCCUUUCCAAAUUCUAGAUUUGGAUUAGUACCACCAUUCCUUUUCUGCAUUUCUCAAGUGCUACCAAACAGACUGCAAAGCAAACUGAGUACACUAUAAAUUCAUGUUAUCCAACUUUACCUGGACCCUCCCUACAGGAAGACAAUUCUUUUACUCUUCAAUUGUAAACUUAUUUCAUUCUCUAUAGCAGCUAAUCUAAAAACUCCCAUACUCUUUUCCUGACAAAAUAGGCUAUAUAUGAUGUAAAUUCUUCUCCCUUUCUUUUGAUUUCAAAAAUUGACAUCAUUUUCCCAUCCCUAAACUUCUUCAGACUGGUGAUGUUUACCUUUUCCUUGCCAAGGCCAAUCUCUUUAUAUAAUCUUUGAUCUCAAGCCUUACUAUCUUCUUAACCAUCAUCUAAUCAUCUCUCUCCUCACCCUACUGGUCUUUUAAAGACUGGCCACUGGACCUUGAUGGCUCUGGAGGGGUAAGUGUGGUAGGUGACUUUGCAUAGCCCUCCACUUAAAUUCAAUUCACUUGCAUCUUAUGGCAUCACCUCACUACCAAAUCACUGGUUCUUUCCUUGCAAUUUUUCAAAACAUGCCCAAGCUUCCCCUAUCCUCUUAAAAAACAACAACAAAAAAUUUACCCUAGUCUCUAUCUUCCCUUUCUCAGCCAAAUUUCUUGGGGGAAAAAAGCUCUCCACAUAUUAUCUCCCAGUUCAUUUCCUCUCUCACAUUCAACCCUUUGUAGUCUGUCUUGCAAACAUAUGACAACUUAAACUGCUCUGUUCAAAGUUACUAGUGUUAACUUAAAUUGUCCAAUCAGAUGGGUUUUAUCUUAGUCCUGAUUAAGCUUAAUUUCACAGCAGCAUUUGACAAAUUGUUGAAUUUUUAUAAUGCUGACAAUUCCCUUUAAUAUUUUUGCUAUCUCAUCACCUCCAGUCU